UCAGCAACAAACGCACCGUUACGAUAUAUCGCACACGGUUUCCCACCAUAGCCGAUUAGCCGUCCACUUCUUCCAGAUCUUCGCUGCGUAUCUGUAUCGCCUAUAUAUAUACCCACACAUACACACACUCGUUUAUUAUAUACAUCAAUUAGACCUUUUCACACUAUUUCAUUCCUAGCGUUUCUGAUCAAAUAGCUUCUCAGAAUUUUGCGAUCAUGGCCGAAACAAGCCCAAUAGUUCAUCCAGAGAUGACAGAAGAAGAAAGGCUCAAGUACCUGGAGUUUGUUCAAGUUGCUACCCUGCACGCGGUGUUGUGUUUCUCGAGACUCUAUGGUUAUGCAAAGGACAACUCUGGGCCUCUGAAGCCUGGUGUUCAGAGUGUUGAGGGUACUGUUAAGACCGUCGUGGGUCCUGUUUACAAUAAGUUCCAUGAUGUCCCCAUCGGACUCCUCAAGCUAGUUGAUCGCAAGGUUGACGAGUCCAUUGACAAGGUGGGACGUCAUGUACCCGUGUUGGCAAAGCAGGUGUCAACCCAAGCUUUUUCAGCUGCUCAGAAGGCUCCAUCAGCUGCUCGUGCUGUGGCCUCCGAAGUUCAGCGAGCCGGCGUGGUGGACACUGCCUCAGGAUUUGCAAAAACAGUUUACUCCAAGUGUGAGCCUACUGCCAAGGAUCUCUACACCAAGUACGAGCCAGUUGCUGAGCAGUAUGCUGUGUCGGCUUGGCGCUCCCUCAAUCGCCUACCCCUCUUCCCUCAAGUGGCUCAAGUCGUACUCCCAACGGCCGCUUACUGUACCGAGAAGUACAAUGACACCGUGCGUUGUACUGCUGAGAAAGGGUACAAGGUUUCGGAUUAUCUUCCCUUGGUGCCCACUGAGAAGAUCGCGAAAGUAUUCAGUGCUAGCCCGGCCGAGUCUGAAACUUUGGUUUCCACUGGAGGUGAGGGGGCUGUCGUUGCACAUUGAUGUUUUCAUCUCUCGUCAUAUGAUAUAAUACAUGUGCAGGAAAUUGCUGAAUGUUAUAGCUUUUAGGCUAUUUGUUUGGUGAUUUGUUUUGAACUUAAUAUUUCUUUAUCUUUUUCUUUUUCUUUUUUGGUUGAGUGAAAUGUGUGUGUAAAAAUCUUUAUAUACUUGUGGAACUCUAGUUCGUCAAAUAUAUUUUAAAUUUUGUUAGGUUGAUUCUGAA